AUGCGCAAGAGCUAUAGCGAGGGCGGCGUUCCUAUCGGCGCGGCCAUCGUGAGCAGCGCGUGCAUCGGCCAGGGACAUAAUCAGCGCGUUCAGGAGGCGUCGCCGAUCUUGCAUGGCGAGACGGCCGCGUUGAAGGAUGCGGGGAGGCUGAAGGCGGAGGUGUAUAGGAAGUCUACGAUGGUCCCGUGCAGCAUGUGCUCCGGCGCCAUCCUGCUCUACAAGAUCCCGCGGCUUGUGAUCGGGGAAAAUGUCAACUUCAUGGGAGACGAGGACCUCCUGCGGAGCCGCGGCGUGGAAGUGGUCGUCGUGGAUGAUGCGGAGUGCAAGGAGCUCAUGCGUCGGUUUAUCGCGGAGAAGCCAGAGGAAUGGUACGAGGACAUUGGCGAGAUUCCGCCAUGAGACGGCAAUAAGAUGGAAUAUUUAGGCGUUUGCAGGGACGGGAGAUGGAGAUUGUAGACGACGAGUGUUUGAAGGAUGCGUGUAUCUCUUUCGUCGUGCGUCCUUACUACAAUUCCUUCGCAGCUCCUCUGUCCGUAGGCGAAACUGUACCAGCCAUGCUAAACAGGCAGUGCAAUCAAGCAAUAGGAAAGUCAG